AGUGGUAGAGUGCCAUCCUUGAGCAAAAUAAUGAUAGAAUUCAUUUGAGAGUUGUUUUAAUUGAAUUCAUUUUUUAAUGAGCAUUAACAACUUUGUUAAUAGAUGUUUUAGCAAGAAAAAUAGCAAUACAUUAAUUGAUUUGAUUUAAAUUCUGUUUAGAAAACCAAGAAUUUCUCAGUUCUUGUUUUAGGUUCUUUGUAGAGAACAUAUCUAUAAUUGUGCCAUUAUACACAUACAGUGUUUGCCCACUACAGUAUCCUUUUUUAGAAGGCUUUCAGUAUUUAAGGAGGCAUCCGCAUGUCUCAUAAUUUGUACUUUCUUUAUGUUUAAGUCAUUGUUAAUCUGAGGUGAAAGCAGUAGCUAAAAUAUAUAUUCUGACUGUGCUGUAGAUUUUUUUAAAUUAUGGGGAAAAAAGGAAUUGAAAAAAUUCCUUGAGAUGUAGAACAACAAUGAAUAAGUUCCUCAGUACAUUAAACAAAAUUAAAUACCUUCAUCCUAAAGUUUCACUAUACUUUUUCUAAUAAAAUACUUGCAGUUUCUUUGUAUUUAAGUCAUUGAAAGUUUUUAGAAUUUGAAAGACUUCAAAGUUAUUCAACUAGUCUAUACUUAAUUCUCAUAGUUAUUUAAAAUUCCAGAAGUUACUGGAUUUUAAAUGGAUUUCACUUUAAUGAAAUAUACUUUAAAACUAUUGUCUAAGUGAAUAAAAGAUGCUAGAAUCUCAUCAGUUACAGUUGAGAAAACAACUGCAUUAUUCAAACCUAUUAUUCAAGUGUUAUUAAAAGCCCUAUCUAGAAAAGUCUCUUUUGUUUCUAUCCUGAGAGUUGGUGAUGUAGGAACUUGUUAAAUAUUAACAGACCAUUUUUAAUGACCAAUAAGAUUUAAAAGAAUUGAAAAAAUUAAUAUAAAUUUGUCUAGGAAAGAAUUUUUUGAUAUUCUUUUAGAAAUUACUGGUAUAUACCUGAGGAGAACCUUUAAAAACAAUAUGAUGAAGGGAUAGUUUUUAGACUAGCCACAAAAUAUUAAAACUCAGAGAACAUUAAACAAUCAAGAAUGUGGUUAAAAUUCAAUUAUUUGUUAGAAAUUAUAAACUGGAAACUUAAAAUUAGUUUAGGGGAAGAAUACACAGUGGGUAUAUUUGGAAGGAAAAGUGAAUUAUCUAUGGAUUGGACUUUUCAAAUUAACAAUUCUGGGGAGUUUGAUUCAGAGACUCAUCUUUUGUAGACAGGUACUCUUUCAAUUGAGUCAUAGGUCAAGUCUAGAAAUGAUUCUUAAAUCAUCAUCAGAAAGGUUUUUAUCAGCUGACCAAAAGUUUUUGAUAGGCACUAACUAAGACAAUUAUAAACUAUGUUAGCUGAUAUCUAUGUUCAAAAUUAGACAUCCAUAUGUCUAAACUUACCAAUAUAACAUUCAUUUGUGUUACACAUGGAAAAUAUGCAUUAUUUCUAAUCACUAUUUCAAGUAACGAUAAGAUUUUAUAAUCUUUUCAAUUUUUAAGUCCCAAAGUCAGAUUUUACAGUACAGAGCACUUGUGAAAAUAUGAAUUUUACAUGUAAGAAGAAAGAGAUUAAAGGAAAAUCUCAGAUUUUAAGGAACAUUUUGUCUUAAAAAGCAAUGGGAAAUCCAGAAAACAUAGAAGAUGCAUAUGUUGCUGUUAUUCGCCCAAAGAAUGCUGCCAGUCUCAACUCUCGGGAAUACAGAGCUAAGUCCUAUGAAAUUUUAUUGCAUGAAGUUCCUAUUGAAGGACAGAAGAAAAAGAGAAAGAAAGUUUUGUUGGAAACAAAACUUCAAGCCAACAGUGAAAUAACACAAGGCAUAUUGGAUUAUGUAGUAGAAACCACCAAACCAAUUUCUCCAGCAAACCAGGGUAUCAGAGGAAAACGAGUGGUACUAAUGAAGAGAUUUCCUUUAGAUGGAGAGAAGAUGGGCAGAGAAGCAGCAUUAUUUAUAGUUCCAUCAGUUGUCAAAGAUAAUACUAAGUAUACAUACACACCAGGAUGCCCAAUUUUUUACUGCUUACAAGAUAUUAUGAGAGUGUGUAGUGAGUCCAGUACUCACUUUGCAACACUUACAGCAAGGAUGCUAAUAGCCUUGGACAAGUGGUUGGAUGAACGUCACGCACAAUCUCACUUUAUUCCAGCUUUAUUCCGACCUUCUCCCCUUGAGCGGAUAAAAACUAAUGUUAUAAACCCUGCAUAUGCUACUGAAUCAGGUCAAACAGAAAACUCACUACAUAUGGGCUAUAGUGCACUGGAAAUAAAGAGUAAAAUGUUAGCACUAGAGAAAGCAGAUACUUGUGUUUACAACCCUUUAUUUGGAUCAGAUCUUCAGUAUACAAAUCGGGUAGAUAAAGUGGUAAUAAAUCCAUACUUUGGCCUUGGAGCUCCAGACUACUCAAAAAUACAAAUACCCAAACAGGAAAAGUGGCAGAGAAGCAUGAGCAGUGUCACAGAAGACAAAGAACGACAAUGGGUAGAUGAUUUUCCUCUCCAUCGAAGUGCCUGUGAAGGAGAUUCAGAAUUACUAAGUCGUCUUCUUAAUGAGAGAUUUUCGGUCAACCAAUUAGACAGUGACCACUGGGCACCUAUUCAUUAUGCAUGCUGGUAUGGAAAAGUUGAAGCCACUCGCAUAUUACUAGAGAAAGGAAAGUGCAAUCCAAACCUGUUAAAUGGACAGCUAAGUUCUCCUCUUCACUUUGCUGCUGGAGGAGGACAUGCUGAAAUAGUUCAGAUUCUCCUAAACCAUCCAGAAGUUGACAGACACAUAACAGACCAACAAGGAAGAUCCCCAUUAAAUAUUUGUGAAGAAAACAAACAAAAUAAUUGGGAAGAAGCAGCCAAAUUAUUGAAGGAAGCCAUUAACAAACCAUAUGAAAAAGUUCGAAUAUAUAGAAUGGAUGGAUCAUACCGUUCUGUUGAACUGAGGCAUGGAAAUAAUACCACAGUGCAGCAGAUAAUGGAAGGAAUGCGUCUAUCUCAAGAAACGCAGCAGUAUUUCACUAUAUGGAUCUGUUCAGAAAACCUUAGCCUUCAGCUCAAGCCUUAUCAUAAACCCUUGCAACAUGUUCGUGACUGGCCAGAAAUACUUGCUGAAUUGACUAAUUUGGAUCCGCAAAGAGAAACACCACAGCUUUUCCUGAGAAGAGAUGUGAGACUUCCUCUAGAAGUUGAAAAAAAGAUUGAAGACCCACUAGCAAUUCUUAUUCUCUUUGAUGAAGCCAGAUACAAUUUACUGAAGGGCUUUUAUACAGCUCCUGAUGCUAAACUGAUAACUUUGGCAAGUCUCUUGUUGCAAAUAGUUUAUGGAAAUUAUGAGAGUAAGAAACAUAAACAAGGUUUCCUAAAUGAAGAAAAUCUGAAAUCCAUUGUACCAGUUACCAAACUGAAAAGUAAGGCACCUCACUGGACAAAUCGAAUUCUUCAUGAGUAUAAGAAUCUAAGUACAAGUGAGGGUGUCAGUAAAGAAAUGCAUCACCUGCAACGCAUGUUCUUACAGAAUUGUUGGGAAAUUCCUACAUAUGGAGCAGCCUUUUUCACAGGACAGAUAUUUACCAAGGCAAGCCCCAGCAAUCAUAAAGUAAUCCCUGUGUAUGUAGGAGUGAAUAUAAAAGGGCUUCAUCUCCUCAACAUGGAAACAAAGGCUUUACUCAUCAGUCUUAAGUAUGGCUGUUUCAUGUGGCAGUUGGGAGAUGCUGAUACUUGUUUUCAGAUCCAUAGUAUGGAAAAUAAAAUGAGCUUUAUAGUACACACAAAGCAGGCUGGUCUGGUGGUAAAACUGCUAAUGAAGUUAAAUGGACAAUUAAUGCCUACUGAAAGAAAUUCAUGAAAGGAAAAUAGCUGGUAUCCAAGCUACCACAUUGUGAAAUGCAGAAUUUUUUCCAUGAAAGAUUUCUUAAAAUAUGUUUGCAAGGCAUUUGUUUUCCUAUAAUAUAUGUGUGUACUAUUACAUUGUACAGAAUCUGUACUUACCCUUGGUGUGUAAUAUACCAAAUCGUUUUAUAUGAUAUUAUCAUAAGCUAUUCUAAUUUUUGAGAGAAACACAUAAAACUAUAGGUUGGCAGUCUGUAUACUUGUAGACAAAAUAGUAAAGCUUUAUAAAAAGUUAUUUUUUUGGUAAAUGGUAAAGAAUUUGGAGUGCAAUGUGAUGAAAUUAAAAUGUAGCUUUGGUAUAACUGUUAUUUUAAAGAAUACUUAAAGUCAACAUUAUUUGAAUAAAGAAAAUGUAUUUUCUACUUGGGCCAUAUAUCAUGGUUAUUCAAAACAUCUUUCCAUAGUCUAUAACAUUUCUUAACAUGUUUUAUAAAAUUCUUGAUUAAAAUGUGUUUAUAGCAUAAGA